CGAUUCAAUGUCGCAGUAUUGAAUCAAUUCAAGAAAUGUCAAACAAAGACCGAAAGCUUUUGUCCAGCUGACAAAUAAAAACGAUAAUGACGUCCGAGACGUCAUCGGCAGCUGACAGUCCGGGGCUGCUACACCGACCACUGCUCACGGCCUACUCCGAGAGUAUCGGCUGCAAGGGAACUGCCACGACCGGGACUCCAACCCCAACCUCCCCGCGUCAUCCCGGCUCCAACCUCGCGCGUUUCUCACCACCGAGUGUUCGCUUUCACACCCUUGACAUGGACCAAAAAAUCCUUCGAAGCGGCGGCGCAGGUGGACGUCUGGCAGCCCCGCGGAUGUCACUGCUGGGACGCCCGGUGAACUAUCGGGCGACUCGUCGCGAUGCCCGCUACCGGCGACUCCAAGCCCGCGUCUACAAUUUCCUCGAGCGUCCCCGCGGCGCUUACGCUGUCACAUACCACAUGAUCGUAUUUUGUAUGGUCUUUACGUGCCUAGUACUCUCGGUGUUUAGUACGAUAGACGAGUACGAAAAAGAGGCCGGGGUUCUCCUUUUUUACAUGGAAAUGGUCGUAGUCAUCUGGUUUACUGCCGAGUUCUUUUUUAGGUUAUGGUCUUCAGGAUGUCGUUCCAGGUAUCAAACUGCUAUCGGUCGCUUAAAGUUUCUUCGGAGACCUUUCUGUAUAAUCGAUGUAAUAACAAUUAUCGCGAGCGUUGUCGUGCUCGCAAUGCGAAGCAGUGGCCAAGUAUUCGCGGCGAGUGCACUUCGGGGUCUUCGCUUCUUCCAGAUACUCAGGAUGGUGCGGAUGGAUCGGCGAGGCGGGACCUGGAAGCUUUUGGGGAGUGUCGUAUAUGCUCAUCGACAAGAACUUAUCACAACGCUUUACAUCGGUUUUUUGGGAUUGAUCUUCGCCAGCUUCCUAGUCUACCUUGCUGAGAAGGACGACGAGCAUUUUAACAAUUUUGCCAAGGCUUUGUGGUGGGGAGUGAUCACAUUGUGCACUGUGGGUUAUGGCGAUGCUGUGCCAAAAACUUGGCAGGGAAAAGUUAUUGCUUCCUUCUGUGCGCUCCUGGGAAUAUCUUUCUUUGCCUUACCAGCUGGAAUUCUGGGCUCGGGAUUUGCCCUGAAAGUCCAGCAACAACAGCGUCAGAAGCAUAUGAUACGCCGAAGACAGCCGGCCGCCAGUUUAAUUCAGGCCCUUUGGAGAUGCUACGCAGCUGACGAGCAUAGUAUGAGCAUCGCCACCUGGAAAAUCCAUCAAAUUCCAUUGCCGAGUCCGCCCAGUAGUCGACCCUCCUCUAGCUUUAAGCACAAUGCGUCAUUUGUCAGCCGACUGCCAACAAUUCGGCGACAUAAGAGUACAUCUCUGCAUAGUCCCAGCCUUCACAAACUUGUUCAUCAGGGCUACCAAAGUCAGCGCGGAAACGUAACCCGAGGCUUUGGAGAUCUCAUUUCUUCGGCAGAGAAUUUGGGUGGCCAGAUGACCAGCAAUAAUAAUAAUGGGAACAAUAACAACAGCAACGAAUCAAGUGCCGUUGGUGGUAUGGGCGGUGGUGUGGGUAUUACUAGUAGACAGUUAAAUGCCAGUUACUCAGAGGACUCAGUAACGGAAACUGCGAUGUCGAAGAGAAAUUCCGAUGAUGAGGAUGAGGAGCCUCGAUGUAUCCAAUUGACCAAUCAACAUAAGGGCGCGAUAAGGGCGAUUCGUAAGCUGAAAUACUUCGUGGCCCGCAAGAAGUUCAGGGAAGCCCUGAAACCUUACGACGUCAAGGACGUGAUUGAACAAUACAGCUCCGGCCACGCCGAUCUACUGAAUCGCGUACGAAAUCUGCACUUCAGGUUAGAUCAAAUUUUGGGUAAGCAAGGUUCGAAAGCAAGAGAUGUAUAUGCUUCCAAAAUUAGUUUAGCAUCGAGAAUCGUAAAGGUUGAAAGGCAGGUAGAUGACAUCGAAAUGAAGCUCGAUCAGCUUAUCGAGCUCUACAUGGAAGAUCGGAAGCGAUUAUUGGCACUGCCAAUAUCAGAGACGAAGGGUAUCAACUCGGGUGAGUGCGGCCCGCCGGAAACGACGCUUUCCGCGGGCAUCGUUGUACCUGGUAACUGUGGUUUUGUACUCAAGCCGAUCCUCGUGGAUAAGCAAUUAUCGGAGCCAAAUUCCCCGACAACAGGCAACUUUCGCGAAUCCGAGAAAAGUCAUCAUCAUUAUCACCACGUUAAGCAUAGGCAGAUGCACCGAGGACAUUCGGAUCUUGGGAGUCGAGUAAAAAAACGAGUUACUUUAAGUUCUAUACCCUCGCAUUUGAUGCUUCCUGGGGAGUCGGGAGCCGCUCUUGGGAAGCCACCACGUCUGCCUACAUCACCAACUACUAAGACAUGUCCGUCGGCGAUAACAACCCGUCAGGGUGAUGUUGUCAUAAUGGUGCCUCCUCUAUGUAGCUCUGACUCGGAAAACAAACACUCGGAAGACUCCCAAGUUGACGUCUAUUCCUCGGGCGUCAUGUCCAACCUUGCUACCGCCAAAGAAUUACCCCAGAGCUUGAAGGAAUCCUCCACCUCGCUGAACACUACUCGCUCGUCUACCACAUCGUUAUAGCGAAACAGAUACUUUACAAUCGUAUGGACCGUCACGAGGGGAUAUACUCGGCAACGAACUCCGAAGAAGAAGA